AUGAGCUCCGCGCCCUGCCCCUCCCGGGAGCCGCCCCGGUACCUCAGCCAGGCGGAGGCGGAGGCCAUGGAGAAGGAGCUGCUGGAGGAUUAUCGCUUCGGGCGGCAGCAGCUGAUCGAGAUCUGGGGACACGCCUGUGCAGUGGCUGUCACCAAGGCGUUCCCGCUGCUGUCGCUGCGGCGCAGGCAGCCCACGCUGCUGGUGGCGUGCGGGCCGGGGCAGCACGGGGCCAUCGGGCUGGUGUGCGCCCGCCACCUCCGCACCUUUGAUUACGAGCCCACCAUCUUCUACCCCAAGCGCUCCCCGGACCCGCUGCACCGCGACUUCACCACGCAGUGCGAGAGGAUGGACAUCCCCUUCCUGUCCUACCUGCCCGCCGAGGUGCAGCUCAUCAACGACGCCUACAACGCCGUGGUGGACGCGGUGCUGGGAGCCGAGGUGGCCGAGGGGACAGAGGGGACAGAGCCGUGCGCCGCCAUCCUGGCCACCCUCAAGCUCGUGCGCAUCCCCAUCGUCAGCCUGGAUGUCCCCUCAGGCUGGGCGGCGGGCGCUGGUGGCAGCGGUGACAUCAGGCCGGACGUGCUGGUGUCGCUGGCGGCCCCCAAGGCGGUGGCGCGGCGCUUCCAGGGACGGCGACAUUUCCUGGCGGGGCGCUUCGUGCCCGAGGAGCUGCGGCGGAAAUUCGGGAUCGGCCCCCGCGAGUACCCGGGCAGCGACUGCGUGGUGGCCCUGUGACCCCAAAACUGCCCCGGGACCCCAAAAUAAACCCCUGGUGGUGGCCCUGUGACCCCAGAACUGCCCCGGGACCCCAAAAUAAACCCCUGGGACCCCGGAACUGUCCUGUGACCCCCAAAUAAACCCCUGGGACCCCA